ACACCGUUCGAUACUACACUAGUCGAUAGCGUCCAUCACUAUUUGGCCUACAUUUUUAUGUAAUGUCACUCAUCACUUUGUUGUCGUUUUACAAAGAAAAAUUCGUGCUAGUAACCAAACCAAAGAACCAAGAAUAUUACUUUGUGCGCUGUGAUGUGAUAUCCAAUUGUAACAAAUAAUGAAUUGUCAUCAAAUAUUGAGCGGUGCCUGCAAUGCAGGUGACCGGUGCUUCGCCAUUGGCUCCGUGGAAGGCAUACCAUUUACAGCAUAUGCCGCCGGCUGUAAUGUGGUCAUUCUAGCGAGCACUUUCGAACGCGUCCAGAUCAUACCGGGCGCCAAUCAUGGCUAUGUGAAGAUAUCGGCCCUCGACUGUAGCACCGAUACGGGCAAGAUAGCGGCUGCCUAUGAGAAUAAGAUUUGCAUUUUCGAGCCGACGCCAGUGAUUGAGUCGGUCAAACAAAAUACACACUUUCUAGACUACAGAUGGGUGCAAACGGGCUCGUUUACCAGCCAUUCGAAUGUGGUGACAUUGUCGUGGAACUUGGAGGGCACACGCCUUCUAACAGGUGGCACGAAUAUACAGCUCUGGAAGAGCAAGUCGCCCACACACCAGGAGGAGGAGCACACAGGUGUCAAGUUCGAGAUUGGCGAGAGCAAGGAGACCAAACCGUCGUCCAAUUCGCAAGCUGAUGAUGUAUCCACGUGGGAGAACAUAUGGUCCUGCCAGACGGCCAUACCCAUUUACCAUAUGGCAUUUAGUCCCGAUGGCACACUGUUUGCCACCUGCGGCCGCAACGAUCGUCUAGUCAAGAUCUGGUACGAGAAUAAGCAGGUGCUAUUCCCAUCGAAGGCGGCGCACGAUGUCGCCUCGGGCUCCGGUGUCGGCGGCGCACUCUCAGCUGGCGAUUUAAAUUUCACAUAUGUGUACAUCGCACAUCCGCGCGCCGUCUCGAACAUUGUGUGGAGAAAGACAAGCAAAUAUAUGCCCAAGGGCUCGGUGGCCAAUAUGCUGGUCACGUCGUGCCUGGACAACAUUUGUCGCAUUUGGAUUGAGACGGUGCUGCCGGACGAUGGCAUGGUCAAUAUGACACAGUACGAUCCGCUCGCCUCGCAGAAUCCCAAGUUUCGCACGCACCGGCACAAGCAUCGAUUUAUGCAGCGCUUGAAGCACAUGAAGACCUGUUUCCACUUGCGUCGCCACAUGAAGGCUGGCGCCACUGCGUCCGCAGUGGUCGGUGGCCAGGGCAUUGGCUCGUUGCCAGGCAGCUCGGGCAGCGGCGUGGGCGGUGCUGGUGGCGGCGGUGCUGGUAGUGGCGCCGCCGCUGUCAUGGGCAGCUCACCGGCCAGCUUUAGCAACUAUCAGGGCCCGAUACCAUCGUUGCCCUCGUCGUGCAGCGUGCACGAUUUCCAUUCGUAUGGGUUUCAGGGAUCCGGCGUAACGCCCGGCAUGCAUUUCCAUUUGGCGGCAUCGAUAAACGCCGAGACAGACAUACCGCUGGUGCCGUCGAUGCAAACCUCCGAUCCGGCCAAUCAGAACGUCUUCAUAUUGCACUGGCUGAACAACAAGGAGAUGCAUUUCACACUCCAAGCGGAGGCCAUACUCCAGGAGCUAACCAAGAAGGUGAUCGACGAGGAGAACGGCCUACAUGCAGCGGGCAGUCAUACAGCUGGUGCGGCCGCCUCCUCGGGCGUCGAUCUGCCCGAUGAUGCCCAGCAGUCGCACAGGAAAUUCAUGCGCAACUCCAAGUCCGUCUCGGUGGACGACAGCGGCGAGGAGUACAGCAAGUAUUCGCAGCACACGGCUGCCACUGGCGCCGGUUUGCAUUUGAAUUCCAUGUCGAACACAACAUCGCAGAACUCCCUCAACCAGGACCAACACAACCAGGUGCCACAGCUGACCGAUUCGCUGGACAAUAAGAUUGAGUGCCUGCUGCGUGACUGGCAUCAGAGUCCGGAUUUGCUAUUCGCCAUCCAUCCGGUCGAUGGCAGCUAUUUGAUAUGGGUGAUCGAGUGGCUGGACGACUACUAUCCCGGGUCGUACAGGCAGGCGCAGGUGUCGUUCUCGACACGCAUACCGUCGGCCUUUCCACUGGGCGACGCCAUGUCCAUGUCCACCACGGUCAGUCUCUUCAACACGGGCACCAAUCCGCUGGCCUUCCGGGACAUUGCCAACAAUGUGCGCAGCAAGGAUGAGUUCCACAAGGGCGGCAGCGAUCAGAACUCGUUGCGUAGCGAUCAGAACUCCAACCAGCAGUUCGACAAGCAUGACGAGCACGACGAGGAGCAGGAUCGCGAGCAGCAGGACGAUGAGGACGAUGGCGAUGCUGCCGGACAGGGCCAGCAGGAGGAUGGCGGGGAGCGCAGCGCUGCUGGUGCUGCUGGCAGCAACAGCUCACAGGAUUCAGCAGCUGCUGCCGCUGCCGCCGCCCUCGGCUCCGCCCUGCCCCUGAACGUGUCGCCAUCGGUGUCGAUGGUGACGAAGCACUCGAACGGCACGCUCAACCUGUGGCAGCUGACGUUCGCCUUCAAGACAAAGUUCACACAAGUAUUAAGCAUCGGCCAUGUCAGUCGCGCGUCGGGACAUCGCUUCCGUGUGAAUGACAUCACCUGCCAUCCGGUGUUGCCGCUGCUCGUCUCCACCUCGCAUCACAAUCUGUCCGACACGGAGGCCAAGUCCCCGAUGUCGCCCUACGAGCACCCACUCGCUGGCGGCAGCGUUGGAGCGGCCUCUUCCACUGCGUCUGCUGCCGCUGCUGGCGGCGCAGGCGGCGCAGGCAGCGCCUCUGGCAGCAGCACGCCCAACGGCGACAAGGAUAUAUUUACGCCGACCGGCUUCUGCUCGGAAUUGAUCUUGUGGCGUGUGGACUCGGUGGGCCCGCUGUGCCACUCGGGCGGCGUCAGCGAGCUGGCCCGCAUCAACUCACCAGAGAUAUCCGCCUUCAGCAAUGUGGCCUGGAUACCCACCCUGUUGCCGAGCACCACACUGGGCAGCUAUAGCAAUUCGCCGUCGGCUUGCUUUGUGGCCAGCGACGGUGAGAAUUUGCGUGUCUAUCAAGCCGUCAUUGAUGCGCGCACCCUGCUGGCGGAGAUCUCGUGCUCGGAGAAUCUGAACACGCUGCACAAAUCCCAUUCGCUCUCCUCGAUGAUCUCGAAUGCCUCGUCCACGCUGAAGGCGCAACGCUCGGCGCUCCACGACAAGCUGAAGGUCGUCUCGCAGCAGUCAACAGCUCGGCCGGGCUGCAUCCUGCAGCUGGAUGCCAUCUCGGAUGCGAAGCACGACUGGCAGAACACACAGUUUCUGCACGUGUUCCAGGCGCAGCUAAUUACGGGCGGACAGCGCACAUCCGUGCCGGACAUGCACGACCUGGAGGAGCCGAAGAUGAAUGCGCUGCUCGAGUCGGACAUGGACGCCAUUGUCGAUCUGCAGCGCAAUGUGGACUUCGAGGAGCCCUUCUACAUUGUCAACAUCGAGAAGACGCUGCGCGGCAGCACGAUUCACAUGUGGCGCAUUGUCAUCAGCUCGAAGCAGCAGAGCUCGUUCCUCUCGGAGACGGCCAUGUAUGUGCCGGACAGCAACCUGACCCAGGAGCCGGACGAUGCCGACCAGAAUACGGGCCAGCCGCGACGCAUGUCGCAGGGCGCGGAGACACUAACGGGCGCCGAGCACUUUGGGCCGCACGUGGAGGCGCCGCACAUCUCGAUUACCACGAAGAAGGUCUGCACCCAGGAGCUGCCCCUGCCGGAGGGUGUGGAUGUCAUUCAUGCCUCCCCGGCGGCCGGGCACCUGAGCAGCUCGAGCAUUUAUCCCGCUUGCUUUGCGCCGUACAUCAUUGUGACCGCCUGCUCGGACUCCAUAUCGCGUUUCUGGAAGUGCGAGCCCGCCGGCAGCGAUGCCUACCACUGGUCCGAGUGGAAGAUGUUCAGCCGCAUCCAGCAGUCCGCCAUCGAGAUACCCGGCCAGCCGCUGAACAUCAGCGCCGCCUACUCCGGCCGCAUUGCGUGCGCCUAUAAGUACGGCAAGAGCUUCACGCGUCCCAAUCGCGGCGAUCCGGACUCGCGCUACGUCAAUCUCUGCGUGGCCAUCUACGAGUGCGAGAGCAGCGGCGGCAGCGAAUGGGUGCUGGAGGACACGAUCCAUCUGAAGAACGUCCACUUGCCGCGCAUCAACAUUGGCCACGGCAUCGAUCUGAGCUAUCUGCACGACCACCGGCUGCUGGCCAAGAAGCAGCGCCUCAACCAGGUGCUGCACACCUUCGCCCACGACCAGGACAGCCGUUCGCCACGCAGCGGCGAGACCACGCCGGAGCUGGCCACGUCCAAGCAGUCGGCUGCGGUGGGUCUGCUCACCGUGCCCAGCUUCAGCACGCUGCAGUCGCUGAGGAAGAGCAUUGCCGAGAACGGGAACACCUGUCCGCUGACCCAGAAGCACUUGGUGCAGCUGGACUGGGUAUCCAAGGAGGAUGGCUCGCACAUCCUGACCGUCGCGGUGGGCAGCAAGAUCCUGUUGUACACGCCGGUCAGCUCGGACAUUGCCCAGGCGAACAUCAAGGCCAUGAAGGAGUCGCGCUCCGUGAAUCGUCCGAUAUUGCGCAAGGCGAGCUCCCUGGCUCAGCCCAAUUUUGUGGACGAAAUACGUUGGAUGAAGCUGCGCCAGAUUGAUCUGCAGACGGCCGAUGGUCUGCCGCCGUUGCCCAUGCAAAUCUCUUGGGUGCGCGACGGCAUUCUCGUCGUGGCCAUGGACUCGGAGAUGCACGUCUACUCCCAAUGGAAGCCCCACUACGGCGCCCACUACAUGUCCCCAGCGGCGGCGGCGGCAGCGGCUGCAGCCGGCAUGGACGAUAUGACCGACACGCGCAACCUGCGCGACGAAGAUCUGCGCUCCCUGGCCAACGAGUCGACGCAGAUGCGCCUGAAGAAUGUCGCCUCGAUGCCGCUGAUCAGCAAAGUGAGCACGGCGAAUCUGCAGCUGCUGUCGCAGCGUCGUCUCGCUGCCAACAGCAGCAUGGCGACUAUGAAUGGGCAUGGCCAGGAUGGCGUGGGUGCUGGAUUCGGGGGCGAUGCACCGCCCAAUGAUGAUUAUAUGACGGACUUUGGCCUCUUCCAGGCGUCGCGCAUUGCGUGCCCCGUGCUGCCGCAAUACCAUCCCAAGCAGCUGAUGGAGCUGCUCAACUGCGGCAAGAUCCGCUGGGUGAAGGCGAUCCUGGCCCAUCUGGUGCGCUGCAUGAGCGGCAGCGGCAGCAGCAGCUCAACCAACGGGCUGCCCAACGAUGAUGACGGCAGCCUCAGCGGCGGCGCUGGUGGCGGGGGCGGAGGCGGUGCCGGCGGCGGUGCUGGUGGCAGGCAGCGCAGCUGGUCCCGUUCGCGCACCCUCAGCAUCAGCUAUACGGCGGACACGAGCAACAUUCAGGCGGAGCACCGCGGCAGCACCACCCAGAUACCGGAGGAGCUGAUGCUCGACUAUGCGGAAAUCAAUUCGAUACCACCUCUGCCGCUCUGGGUGCUGCUCAAUGCCGAUCGCGAGCAGCCGGGAAAGGCGACGAAUGCGGGCGAUGGGGACAAGGAUUACGAUGAGCUGUUCGACAUGCACAACUCCGAUGACAAUUUGGACGAGCUGCUCUGCGAUGGCGAGCAGAAGCGUCAGGAGCGUCGGCUCUCGCUGCCCGACAAGCACUCCAUCUCGCAUUUCGGACCGCGACAGGGCCAGCUGCUGUCGCGCCUAUUGACCCACACCCAUUUGCCGGGCCUGUCGUCGCUGGAUCAGAUGCAUCUGCUGGCGCUGGCCGACACGGUGGCCACGUGCAACACGGACUUCUCGGACAAGUUUGCCGCUGACAUGGGCAAGAACCAGGGCCAGAUUGGCACCGGCGCCGGCAUUAGCGGCACCAAGGAGCAGGCCACCGAAUCGCUGGACGAUUGCGGUCUCCGCUUCCUGCUCGCCAUGAAGCACUUCACGUAUUUGCUGCGCUGCCUCCCGCUCCAGCAGCGGGCGCAAUUCCAGCGCCAGGGCGUCGGCACAGCGAACAUCGUGUGGGCCUAUCACUCGGAGAGCGAGGAGGAGCUGCUGCAUCUGAUACCCAGCUACACCAAGGGCGACCUGCGCUGGGCCACGUUGCGCGACCUGGGCGUCGGCUAUUGGCUGAAGAACAUCAAUACGCUGCGCCGCUGCGUCGAGAAGCUGGCCAAGUGCGCCUAUCAGCUGAAGCAGGAUCCACUGGACGCGGCCAUCUACUAUCUGGCCAUGAAGAAGAAGUCGCUGGUGUGGGGCCUGUUCCGCUCGAAGCGCGACGAGAAGAUGACCACAUUCUUUGGCAACAACUUUGCCGAGGAUCGCUGGCGCAAGGCGGCGCUGAAGAACGCCUUUGUGCUGCUGGGCAAGCAGAGGUUCGAGCAUGCAGUCGCCUUCUUUCUGCUGGCCAACUCCCUGAACGAUGCGAUCGAGGUGUGCAUGAACAAGCUCGAGGAUUUCCAGCUGGCCCUGAUCAUUGCGCGACUCUAUGAGGGCGACGCCGAGGGCAGCUACUACCACAAGCUGCUCAAUGAGCAUGUCCUCGGCACGGACGUGGAGACGGGACGAUGCGAUCUGACGCGUGCCCAUCCAGAUCCCUUCUUGCGCUCCAUGACCUACUGGAACCUGAAGAAGUACCAGGAGAGCCUCAACACCCUGCUCCUCAACGGCGUGGGCAGUCUGCAUAGCAGCUACCGCGAGGAGGACUUGCUGCGUCCAGAGUCGCCGCAUGCCACCAAUCCGAAUGUAUUCAAUUUCUACAUCUAUUUGCGCACCCAUCCGCUGCUCAUCCGGCAGAACAUUGCCAUCUCGGCGCAGGAGAAGCGCAUCGCGCACGUGGUCCUCUCGGGCUUCAGCUAUGCCGGCGAGACAAGCUCCAAGCCGCUGGCCUCCGAUAAGCAGCUGCAGCUCGAGGAUUCGAUUACGGCCAUCGAGCGUCAGCUGUACUUUACGACAGCCCACGGACACUUCAAGUCCGGUUGCCCGGCCUUGGCACUGGAGGUGCUCAACAAGCUGCCCAUGAAGAUUAGCGACAGCGACGCGGCUCCAGUCUCGAGCAGCUGCAGCGUCGCCGACACUGGCGAGCAGGUCGGGGCCAAGGAUGAGCUCAUCAAUUCGGGCAUCAUGGAUCAGUGGCAGUCGUCGGCCAAGGCCGAUCUAUUCGAUUGGAGCGCUCCAGUGAGCAGCGUCGGGGAGACCAAGUUCGAGAUCAAGUGGGACGACGAGGACGAGGAAGACAACGAGAACGACGACGAUGGGGAUGGUGAAGUGGCGGCAGCAGCGACUAAUAACGACAACGACAACGCUGAUCGAGAUCCAGAGCUGGCCACCCCGCAGCCGGGCAAAGCCAGCCGGACAAACGAGUGCAAGAUGGAUAUCAUGGCGCAGCAGCUAAAGUUUGUGGCCUGCCUCAAGAUCCUGAUGGAGGAGCUGUCGACGCUGGCCACCGGCUUCGAGGUGGAUGGCGGCCAGCUGCGCUACCAGCUGUACAUGUGGCUGGAACGCGAGGUGGAGGCACUGAAGCAGCUGUGCAACUAUUGCAGCUCCGAGCAGGUGAACGACGCGAGCGAUGCGGACGCCAACGAUACCAAGGAUAAGGACAUGAAUGCCAGCAUCUAUCCGUGCACAGAGCGACCCACACUGCACGAGAUACUCAUGCAGGACAAGCAGGACUUCGAGGCCAAGGUGAUGCGGGCCGCCAAGCGCAAGCGCUGGCUCAAAGCCAAUGAGACGCUGCUGCGAACUCUGCUCAGCUACUGUUCGCUGCAUGGCGCCAGCGGCGGCGGCUUGGCCUCUGUGCGCAUGGAGCUGGUUCUGUUGCUGCAGGAGCUGCAGCAGGAAAAGACACAGCAGCAGCUGCUCAGCCCGCUGCCCUUCCCCACCACGCUGCCGCUGCUGAGCGCCUGCGUGGCGGGCAAUAAGACAGUGAUAGCGGAUCCCAUCAAGUAUCUGCAGUCGCAGACGGUGGACAUGCUGCAGAGCAUCAUUAAGCUGAUGCCAUUCCCGGGCCUCGAGACGAGCGCCCUCAGCGAGAUCUUUGUGCUGCGCGACCUGGCCGUGGCACUCUCCUCGUGCAUCUACCAAUCGCUGUGCGAUUCGGAGAGCUUUGUGGUUAACAAUGCCACCUUCAAUGGGUAUCCCAGUCCGGGCAUCGAGAACAUAGCCAAGAUCAACUCGUCCUUCGAGUGCAGCUACCUGGUGGGCAGUCGCAACGCUUUCCACAGACGCCGCAAGUAUUCCACAGAUGAGCCGGCGGGCAUCUGCACCACGCCCUCCAAGUGGCCGGGCGUCACCAAUUUGCGUGCGCUGCUGGCGCGCGAGAAGGACGAGGAUGUGCCGAAGCUGAAUGUGCUGCUGCUCGAGUCCUUUGUAUCCACCUACAUGGCACUGUUCAUCUACUCGCUGUCCACCUGCGACAGUCGCUUGCUGUAUCGCCUCAGCGGCCAGAACUUUACGAACGACACCUGGUCGACCCUCUUUGGCGGCGGCAUGAAGAAGCUGCUGAUCAAGCCGGCUGCACAGCCGCAUGCCCACGUCCAGGCCCAGGCCCAGGCACAGGCAGCGGCUGCUGCGGCGGCUGCUGCUGGCGAGGAUGCGUCGGAUGAGAACAGCGUUUGGAAUACGGUGACAUCGAUAACGAAGCAGCGCAUGAAGCUGAAUAUGAAGAUCCUGGGCAGCUUUAGCCAGAACAGCACCUCGAGCAACAUGAAGGAGGACAAGCCCACGUACAGGGAGCAGUUUAUGCCGCCAGAGACAUCCAUGCUCUCCUACUUCCUCAUGAAGCCAACCAAUACAGAUUGCGAUGACUACGACACGGAUGAUUCGCAUGAAUCGGACGGCGAGGAGGAGGAUGAUGAUGAUGACGAUGUCAAUGUGAGCCGCAGUCAGUUGAAGCCCAAGGACAACACCGAGCACACCAAUCCCAUGUCCUACUCGUGGAGCAUCUUACGCCUGGCGCUCAUCAAGCUCAGCACCCACAAAAUUCAGGAGUUUGUCAAGGUGGCCGGCAUCGAGCUGCAGGAUCUGCCCGUCAUAAGUCCGCUGUCGCAUGAGGUGCUACGCACACUGAAUCGCUGGCAGGAGUACGCCCUGAACGAUUUGAUAAGCCGUGGCCCGCCCUCACGAAACUAUAUACCCGGCUGCUAUGCGGAGAGCGGCAUCAAUGGCCUGGCCAUACACAAGUAUCGCUCGCUGCUGAACAAGGACAACACGCCGUUCAUCUCCGGCUCGGCGGCGGGCCCCAUUCGACGGCUGUGGAACUAUCUGGUCAGGCAGGAGCCCACACAGGAGGUCUUCAUCAAGAGCAUCUUUGGCAAGAGCACCGAGAGCAGUGCGCGCAGCAGCCAUCAUCACAGCCAUCACAAUGAUAACGACACCGACGAAGGCCAAUCGCAUUCGACAAACGAGAAUACAGACCAGAUACGCAUCAUACACAAGGAUCACGAAUCGAUACUCACAUUCUGCUUGAAGAACAACAGCUCAUCGAUGAUAGCCUUUGCCAAUCCGCGCGAGAUCCAGGAGUUCGAUAUAUCGCUGCUGCUCGAGUCGCCCAAUUGGUAUGAGGAUGAGUGCGAAUAUGACAUGAUGAACAUGUCCAAAGAUGCGGACACCAACAGCUCCGCCUUUCUCAUCAUUCAAUCGCAGGAUCAGCCACAAUUUGGCACGAGCAGCGGCUACAGCGAAGCCAGUGUCAGCACGCAGAGCGCCUCACAGUCCGGCCGUGGCACAUCGAUGGUGAUGCGCCACAAGGUGGACAACGUGAAGCGCAUGAGCGCGCAUCCGCUGAUGCCGCUCUACCUGACUGGCGGCCAGGAUGGCUCCGUGCAGAUCUGGGAGUGGGGACACCAGCAGCCCGUCUGCUGUCCACGCACCUCCGGCACCUUUGCCAAGGUCACGCGCUGUCGCUUCUCCGAGCAGGGCAACAAAUUCGGCAUCGGCGAUGGCGAUGGCAAUCUGAGCCUCUGGCAAGCGGGCACAGCCUCCCAGAACAAUCGAUCCUUCAUUACCUAUCAGUGCCACAACAAGGCGCUCUCCGAUUUCGUGUUCCUCGGCUCUUGCAGUUUGUUAGCCAGCGCUGGUCAGAGUUCCGAGAACAAGAACAUUAACAUUUGGGACACACUGUUGCCGCACAAGAAGUCCUGCGUGUCGGCCUUCACGUGCCACGAUCAGGGCUCAUCCUGUCUGGUCUUUGCACCGCAGCAUCAGGUCCUCAUUUCCUGUGGCAAGCGCGGCGACGUUUGCGUAUUCGACGUGCGCCAGCGCACACUCCGGCAUCGCUAUCAGGCACACGAUAGCACCAUCAAGUGCAUUGCGCUGGAUCCGCACGAGGAGUUCUUUGUCACGGGCUCCAUUGAGGGCGACAUCAAGAUAUGGGAUAUGAACCAGUUUAUGCUGAUCAAUACGUUCCCGCAUGAACAUGCCAAAAACGGAUUCUUCAAGCACACCGGCCAGGGCGUUAGCCAGGUGUAUGUGGAUCCAUUCGGGCGUCUCUUCUCAUGUGGCUCCGAUGGCUGCAUGAAGGUGCGGCUGCUGGUCGAGAAAGAUAAUAUUGUGCACUCCGUGUAUUAGGAAGGAAAAAACUAGCAACAACUACUACAACUACUACAACAACAACAACAACAGCAACAACAACAACAAACAUAAACAUAAACAUAUUUUGUAUACUAAUUAUGUGUCCGUCGUGUCCUUUGUCUGUGUAAUCUGAAUUUCGCUUUAAAUCUUUCAAUAUAUGUACCAUGUGCUUACUGUA